AAUAAUAAGUCUCUUCACCUUAUCACUAUUGGAUGAAGUAUAUAACCUGCACUUUGAGUGACUGUGGUGGAGGCUUUGCUUUGGGGUCUUCCGUGAACCAUUCUCUUUUUGUUGAUUGAGAUUUACACAUGGAAGAGGAGAAUAAUAACAAUAAUAAUGGCAUUUCCAACAACUCAUCAAUCAACAAAAAGCUUAAGCUACCUAUCUUCGUUUUCUUUAAAGAUGCAAGACUUGUUUUGAAGAUGGAUGAACUUGCAAAGGAGAUAUUGGGAAUUGCAUUGCCCUCUGCACUUGCUGUUGCUGCUGAUCCCAUUGCUUCUUUAAUAGACUCUGCAUUCAUAGGCCAUUUGGGACCGGUGGAGCUUGCGGCGGCCGGAGUGGCGAUCGCCUUACUGAAUCAAGCUUCGAGGAUCACCAUAUUCCCUCUUGUUAGUAUCACAACUUCCUUUGUGGCUGAGGAAGACACCAUUGAAAAUCUUAACAUCAAAGCAUUAGAGAAGGAGUUCAUUGAGGAUGUUGAGAAAGCAGCUGAUGAGAAUGUGGAAAAACAUGCUAUUGUGAACUUUGACGGAAAUAAUAAUAAUAAUGGACAAGAAGAUGGGAAAUUGAACAAGUUUACAUCAGCUAAUAGAAGUGAAGCAGAGAAAGUUGGAAAGAAGAAGAGAAAUAUUGCUUCAGCAUCAACAGCACUGCUAUUUGGCACAAUUCUUGGCCUCCUUCAAGCUUCAAUCCUUAUUUUUGCAGCCAAACCUCUUUUAGCUAUCAUGGGUCUCAAACUUGAUUCUCCUAUGAGAGAUCCAGCAGAGAAGUACCUGAAGCUGAGAUGUAUUGGGGCUCCUGCUUAUCUUCUCUCAUUGGCGAUACAAGGCAUCUUUCGCGGCUUCAAGGACACAACUACUCCUUUAUAUGUCAUUCUUGCGGGAUAUUCUUUGAAUGUGGCAUUGGAUCCGGUAUUUAUUUUUGUAUUGAAAUUUGGCAUCAGAGGCGCAGCAUUUUCACAUGUCAUCUCCCAGUACAUCAUGGCAACGACCCUCUUGUUUUUAUUAACGAAAAAAGUGUAUCUGUUACCUCCAAGACUGAAGGAUUUGCAAAUUUUCCGAUUUCUUACAAAUGGAGGACUGUUGUUGAUGAGGGUAGUAGCUGUGACUUUUUGUACAACUUUUGCAGCAUCAUUAGCAUCUAGGUUAGGUCCAAUUCCUAUGGCAGCAUUUCAAACUUGCUUACAAGUUUGGUUAACUUCAUCCCUUCUUGCUGAUGGUUUGGCUGUUGCUGUUCAGGCAAUUCUAGCAUGUUCCUUUACCGAGAAAGAUUAUAAGAAGGCAGCAAGUUCAGCAACCAGGACACUGCAGAUGAGUUUUGUAUUAGGACUAUUCCUCACUUUUCUUGUUGCUUUUGGACUUUACUUUGGAGCUGGAUUGUUUUCCAAAAAUCAUCAAGUUGUGCAACUCAUCAGAUUAGGCACUUCGUUUGUGGCUGCUACUCAAUCAAUCAAUACAUUGGCUUUUGUCUUUGAUGGUGUAAACUAUGGAGCUUCUGAUUUUGCAUAUUCGGCAUACUCCUUGGUGCUUGUGUCAAUAGUAAGUAUUUCUACAGAAUUUGUUCUCUACAAAUUCAAACAAUUCAUUGGGAUCUGGAUUGCACUAGCCAUCUAUAUUACUCUCCGCAUGUUUGCUGGAGUUUGGAGGAUGGGAACAGGGACUGGACCUUGGCGCUUUCUCAGAGGAGACUCUUACUCAAUUCUUUAG